GGAAGCUAAAAAGAGUCUGCUAUGAAAAACCAGUUUUGCUUCAUCUGUACACCAGUUUGGACUUAUCUGUACGCCGGAUGAUCAAGUAUGUCAAAGGAGUCAGCCCUUUCAUUUAUGAUCGGGAAUGCUAGGUAAAGAUGCAAUUGGUGGACUUCUUGGUAGAGAAGCAAUUGACCUUGGAACUGUCUCAUCUAUGCCAGCAUUGGAUUAUCUCCCUUUAUAUCCUUCUCGAACACAACUUCCGAAAGCAUCCCCGUUACUUCUCUGUAUUCUCAACCAUGGGCAAAAAUAAAAUUAAGCAUGAAUUGAUUUCUCAUGAACCAAACAGGAGAGUCACCUUCAAGAAGAGAAAGGCAAGUCUGUUCAGAAAGCUGACUGAGAUAACAACCUUAUGUGGGAUUAUUGCCUGUGCUGUGGUCUAUGAUACUUCUGAUUCUAAGAUGGAUGCGUGGCCUUCUCCACAAGAAGCGUUUUAUGUACUGGAAAAUUUUAAGAAAUUACCCGAACAAAGACGAGGACAAUUUAUGAUGGAUCAAAAAGCCUUUCUGAAGAAAAAUAUAUCCAGGCUGAAUGGACAAUUGGAAAGAGCCAGAUUUAAAAAUCAAGCACUUGAUGCUGAGCUACUUUUGAUUGAAUACCUGGAAGGUAAACAUUUGAGUGAUUCUAGUCGUCUCGGAAGUUUGUUAGCACUAGAAGAUCAAUUGGCUAAAAAAAUUAGUUUCAUUACUAAUAGGAUUGAGUUCAUGGAAGUUCUUGAGCCCAAUGAAGUUGAUGCUGAAAUUAAUUCUGAUGAGAUGGGGGAUCAAGGCUAAUUUAGUGUCUUUAGAGGGAAGCAGUAAUAAAAGCUCUUCAAAAUAAAAGUUGUGUUGUGUGGAGAGAGGCAGUGCUGGUGAUACAGGUGUUCUUAUUUACCUGUACUGUCCCAAAAUGUACUUUUCUCUUUCUGUUGACCUGACCAAAUGCAGUUUUUCU